CAAAGAAACAAAAGAGGCAAAACCCUCGCCGGAGAGAAAUGGAUCGAGUAAUCGGCGCGCUGAAUCGGGCGGCCAGCAGCAACGCCGUCGUGAACACGUUUAUGGGAGCCGUUUUCUGCGCUCUGGCGGCGCGGUCGUGGGAGCAGACGCAGACGGUCCGGGCGCUCGAGGCGGAGAACGAGGCGUUGGUGAAAACAAACAGUCAGAUGAAGAAUACGAUUUGGGAAUGGAAGCAGACGCUAUACUCGGAGGCAAAGGCUGAUCCGGAGAAGGCUCUCGUCCCACUCUCCACUCUGCAGGCUAUCUACGGCGAUGUUGUUGAAUCUGUCGCCGUAUCUGCUGGAGACAAUGCGCAAGAAGGAAACCCUUCCAAGGAAAGGCUCAUUAUGUAGAAGGUCAUCGGAUCCAGAAAAAAUAAUUUUAGGUGUGAGAGAAAACGCUAGCAUUUUGUGGUAAGUAGCAUCAACUGGUACCAGAAUGAAACUAGAGAAAGCUUGCAACUAUCCUGCCCUGUGUUCUACUCCGAUAAUAUGACUCGUGACACUACCAACUUCUUGUAUGUCCACGGUUGUUGGAUGUUAUAUGGUUAUGUCAUUUCACAUAAAACGCUUGAGAAGCAUGUUACUCUUUUAAUCAACUGUCUUGUUGAGUAACCA